AUGCUAUGUAAAGUUAUAAAUGGAGUUUUUUUACAUGAAACAAAAUAUUUAAGUCAAAAAUGGUUUUCAAGCAAAUCGUUUUACCCACAAAAUUUAAAUGGAAAACUAAGCAUUAUCGGAGUUCCCUUCGGUAAAGGUCAAAAGAAACAAGGAAAAACAGAAGAUGGAUUGAAAAUGGCACCUGACUGUCUACGACAAACUGGUUUUAUCGAUAUAUUAAAAGACCUGGGUAUGGACGUUGAAGACCUAGGUAAUAUAACGUAUGAACCGGAAGUCGGCCUUCAACAUGAGAAUAUGACAAAUCUUGAUCAUUUUGCUCCUUGUGCUCUGCAGGUAUCUAAUUGCGUAUCGAGUGCUUUACAAGACUGCAGAGCGUGUUUAAUGAUGGGAGGAGAUCAUUCUCUGGCUACCGGUUCAAUACAUGGACAUAUAAGCGUUGCCGGACCGCAAAAUGUUGGUGUCAUAUAUAUUGACGCUCACGCCGAUAUAAAUACGGCUUCAAGUAGCUUAAGUGGAAAUAUACAUGGUAUGACAGUGGCAAUGCUAGCCGAAGAAUUACGAAAGUUUUGGCCAAAUUCUCAAGUUCCCGGUCUUGAAUGGUUAACCCCGUGUUUGCCAUUAGGUAAUAUCGCCUUCAUCGGAUUGAGGUCUGUAGAUCCGGAGGAAACGGUAUUUUUGGACGAAAAUAAUGUCGCGGCUUACACAAUGGAAGAUGUUGAAAAUUAUGGAUUACAUAAAGUAUUGUGCGAAGCAAUAAAAAGAGUAGACCCAAAUGGAAAUAAAUCAAUUCAUCUGAGUUUCGAUAUAGAUUCGUUAGAUCCCCUUGAGGCUCCCUGUACGACCGUGCCAGUACGAGGUGGUUUAACGCUUAGAGAAGGGAUUAAAAUUGGAGAAACUUUAUGCAGGACGAAAAGGUUAUCUGUCGUUGAUUUCGUAGAGGUAAAUCCUCCUCUAGGUAGUGAAAUUCAACGACAGACAACAUUGGAUGCAGCCUUUCAUGUUCUUUUGUCAGUGUUUGGAUAUUCCAGACGUGGAAAUCCAAGAUGA